AUGUCGACCACCGAGGAGGUUGCCCUCUCCGACACCAGCCGCUCGUUUCGCCGCGCCAGCAACAACGAGUACGCCUUCCGUGUCCCCACGCCGCCGCGCAUCAUCAUCCCGCCGCCCGCUGUGAACAGCCAGGAAUCCGCCAAUGCCAUCCGCGUUGCCUCUGUCUCGACAAUCGACGCUCGCGGCCCGGAUCUGAGCUUUCUGGCCGCCGUCAAUGGCGGCGAGCUCACUGCCCAGAACGCUGGCCUGGAGUGGACCUACGAGAAGCGCCGUGAUGCACAGAUGGUGACUCCGUAUCUGUAUCUGGGCCCUCACAGCACCGCCAAGAAUCGAGACUUCCUCAGCAAGACCAACAUAACCAUGUUGCUGGCUGUCAAACAGGCUGGCAUGCCCGUCAAUGCUGCCGCCCGCAUCGCCAACGAGAUGGGAAUCGCCUUCCGCACCGUCGACAUUCGCACCCCGCAAGACCUGAUCGCCUCGUUCCCCCUAGCCUCCGACCUGAUCAACGACCAUCUUGCCGAUGUCAACGCCCGUAUACAAGGCGGCGGAUGUGGUUUGCAACACGGAAAGGUCCUUGUGUUCUGUGAAUCGGGCAAUGAGAAAUCAGCGGCUGUUGUAGUGGCGUGGAUCAUGGAAAUGCUGAACCUGGAUUUCCUCAAGGCAAUGCAGUUUGUUCAAGGCCAGCGCUUCUGCGUCAACUUCGAUGACCACCUAAAGACUGUCUUGCAAUCCUACGGAGACAUACUGUCCGCAAAGCGCUCCGUUGCCCUCGACUGUGCCGCUCGGCCGCCGCAACACUCCUACUCGGUACAAAGCAACUCCAAACGCACGCUGGACACGACAUAUGACGAGGAUAUGGAUGUGGACACUGUAGACGAUGCCGAUGUCCUGCGAUUCGAGGGCCGGACACAUGUUCCCUUCGAGAGUAUCGACUGA